AUUCAAUCUCUGCCCUUUGCGAUAUGGACAAGUCCUAACCCAUUCUAAAGUAGUCAAGAAGGUUUGUUUUCACCUUCCUUAUUGUCAGUGUAUUUUCUCAUGGGCAGGUUGCAACCAGAGCAAAGGAGGCCCAUCUACUCGACACGAUUGGGGUGGGGCCGUGGAAUUCAGCUAAACUCAAUGGACACGUGCCUUCAGAAAACAUAUCAGUAAGAGUAUCAAGACUGACAAUUGAUUAUGUAGGGUGCUGAAGUUGAAGAUUUGCCAUGAUAUUAUCAAACGCUGGAUCAUGUUUGGGGACAAGUGUGUUCUUAUUUUCUUAACGAAUUAUUUCCUGCAUCUUUGCAACCAUAAACCAGAGAAUAUCGUCAAAGAUAAAUUCCCUUCUAGACCUCCACAUUUGGGCUCUUCCAUUGAGAAGCGGCAUUAUCAUUGGCCUGGAUCAGCAAUACCAUGGAUGAGAGGGUGUUAGCUACAAGGAUCGGUUGGCUUGGAUUGUUUUCUCUAGAGCACCCAAUGCUGAAGGAAGACUUGAUAGAAGUAUAUCAGUCAGUGAGAUUGUUUUCCCCAGGGUGGAAAUGUGAAAGACUAGAGGGCAUAGUUUGAAGGUUAGCAAAAUUUAAAAGAGAUGAGUAGGACAACCUUUUUACUCACAGAAUGGUGUGUGCCUGGAACGAGCUGGCAGGACUGAGGGGUGGAGACGGAUUUAGCUUUCUCUCUCGACCCAAAACAUCACCUAUUUCCUUCGCUCCAUAGAUGCUGCCUCACCCGCUGAGUUUCUCCAGCAUUUUUGUCUACCUUCGAUUAUUCCAGCAUCUGCAGUUCCUUCUUAAACAUAUCUCUCUUUUUAGUUUAGUUUUGAGAUACAGCACGAAAACAUGCCCUUUGGCCCAACAAGUCUGCGCCGACCAGCGACCCCCUCACUUUCACACACAUUAACACCAUCUACACACACUAGGGACAUUUGACCAUUUUGCCAAGUCAAUUAGCCCACAAACCUCUAUGUCUUUGCAGCGUGGGAGGAGACCGGAGCUCCCUGGGAAAACCCACGCAGGUCAAGGGGAGAACGUGCAAACUCUGUACCGACAGCGCCCGUAUUUAGGGUCGAACCCUUGUCUCUGACGCUGGGAGGCAGCAACUCGACCAAUCCACCACUGUGCCGCCCUGAUCCGAUAGUGCCGUUUAAGAGGCUUUGAGAAAGUCACAUAGUAUGCAGGGAACAGAGAGAAAUGGGUCAUGUGCAUAGAACAUAGGAACAUAGAAAAUAGGUGCAGGAGUAGGCCAUUCGGCCCUUCGAGCCUGCACCGCCAUUCAAUAUGAUCUUGGCUGAUCAUCCAACUCAGUAUCUCGUACCUGCCUUCUCUCCAUACCCCCUGAUACUUUUAGCCACAAGGGCCACAUCUAGCUCCCUCUUAAAUAUAGUCAAUUAACUCGCCUCAACUACCUUCUGUGGCAGAGAAUUCCAGAGAUUCACCCCUCUCUGUGUGAAAAAUGUUUUUCUCAUCUCGGUCCUAAAAGACAUCCCUCUUAUCCUUAAACUGUGACCCCUUGUUCUGGACUUCCCCAACAUCGGGAACAAUCUUCCUGCAUCUAGCCUGUCCAACCCCUUGAGAAUUUUGUAAGUUUCUAUAAGAUCCCCCCCCUCAAUCUUCUAAAUUCUAGCGAGUACAAGCCGAGUCUAUCCAUUGCAGGCAGAGGAGAUUGGUUUAACCGGACAUUGUAGGCCGAAGUGCCUGUUCCUACACUCUCCCUUUCUUUACUCUGUUGCAUCAUUAGAAGCCACAGCUACCCACUUCACAUAUCCAUUACUGGCAAUCUGCCAUUUGGUUGCAGUUCAGACUGACGGCCCAUUUAAUCAGUCAUUAAUUAUCCAAUCUGUCCUCCUGGUCCUGCCCACCCCCUCCCUCCUGCCCGCACGCUGAAAUCUAUCCGAUAUUACAUGGAGCAGUAGGCGAUCACCUUCUUUAGUCAUCGCCUGUGGAGUUAACAACCUUUAUUUCCACACUGGGAUAAUUCCUCUCCAGUUUGGUUUUGACUGGCUUCAGUUAUUCCUGAACUCCGGAAAGCGACACCUUUGGAAAACUGUUAGGAUUUUUUGGGAAGUGCCGGGGUACUUGCCCAGGUAAUGAUGGCAAAUGCUUGCAUCCAGGUGGUGGGCUUCAUCACUGCCGUGGUGGGCUGGUUCAUGGCCUGUUUCUCUAUGGCAAGUCCACAGUGGAAGACGCGGAAUGUGGACGGCAGCACCAUCCUGACGGUGCAGGAAGGCUGGGAGGGCAUCUGGAUGAGCUGCAUCAAUGACAGCGGGGGUCUCCUGAGCUGUGACGUGUACGACUCACUACUAGGACUGCCCUCCGAUCUCCAGGCCGCCAGAGCUCUCAUGUGCCUUGCAGCGGCACUGGGCAUCUUAGCAAUGGUGCUGAGCUGUGCAGGCAUGGAAUGCACCAAGUUUGCAAAGGACGAGGAGAGAUUCAAAGCUCUGCUGGUUGUGACUGGAGGGGUUCUCUUCAUCUUGGCCGGGACGUGCGUCCUGAUUCCAGUCUCCUGGACCGCUGCCAACAUCGUGGCCGACUUCUACAACCCCUUGGUGCCCCGCUCCAUGAAGGCAGGGCUGGGUGACGCUCUGUUCCUGGGUUGGGGUUCAACGUGUGUCCUGGUCCUUGGAGGAGGCAUUCUCUGCUGCUCCGGCGCAGAGGACAGCGUAAAGAGAAAAGGGUAUCCAAGGAAUCUCACUCGUUAUCAUUCCACAGCUCCCGGAAACAGGUAACGAUCCCUGCUGGAACCCACCAUCAUGUCCUUCACUGAGCCUAGUUUGCUUGGCCCACUGUUGCAUUCUCCACACUUGAACUCAGCAAAUAAUCUGCACUUUGUAAGGUUUGCUACAACUAAUUCGGCGCGGUUUGAUCCUGAGUACGGGUUUGAUCUGCGGUGCGGGGUUUGAGUGUUCUCCCCAUGACCGCGUGGGUUUUCUCCGGGUGCUCCGGUUUCCUCCCGCACUCCAAAGACAUGCAGGUUUGUAGGUUAAUUGGCUUCAGUAAAGAUUCUAAAUUGUCCCUGGUGUGUAGGAUAGUGCUAGUAGUGUAUGGGAAUCGAGGGUGGGCUGAAGGGCCUGUUUCCGUGCUCUAUCUCUAAAACUCAAACAAAAAAACUAAUUCCAACCAUUUACUGUAUCAUCCACUCUACCUAUAUUGACUCGAGUAUAUGAAGGCUUUCACUUUAAAAAAAACCCAUUAUCCUUGUGGUGAUAUCUAUACUGGGUCUCACCUCUCCCUAUCUCUGUAACCACCAUAAACU